AAACUCAGGUUUGACGUAGUCUUACAAUUGUAGUGCGACAUCUCGUAUAUGAGGAAUUUCAGGAAAUAUACAGAAAUAUAAAAUACCAUAAAAAGAAGUGCAAUGAUUCAGAAUAAUUAGUUGAGAAUUGAUCGCGAGGAAAUCAGUUUCGAGUGGCGUUGAACCAGUUAAUGGGUACAUCAUUCGCUAAACAAAAUAGCGUCAAAAUGAGCAAUCCUGAGAAUAGAGAACCGAAAAAAGAUACCAGGCAAAGUCAAUCGAAAAGCAGUGCUAGACCACUGUCUAUCGAAGGUCCCUCAACUUCCAAUGCCGAACAAAUUCCACCGCAACCGCUAGCAAAUCAACCGAGGCAACCGACUAAUUUGCAAGGCUUGCUCAAAUAUGCUAUGGAUGCAGCACAAUCUGAAGAUUCUGAGAAUAAACCGCCAAUCUAUCCUUUGGACGAAGAAAAAAAAACAUUCUUGAAUGAAGCGUUAUCAUCGUUAACAGUGAAUGUAAUAGAAGAACUACAGAAAGCUAUACAAGUCUUGUCUAAUGUCGUCAAUCUACGAGUGGACGAUGAUUUGUCAGAGUAUGAGAAUGUGUUGGAGAGGAUGGCCGAUUUUGUAGACAAUAUCGACAUAGCCAAUGAUUUUUAUAAGAUAGGAGGUUUUUCAGUAUUUCAACCAUGCCUAAAUUCCUCGCAUAGUAGCAUCAGAUGGCGGAUAGCCGAUAUUAUCGCCGAGUUGGCACAAAAUAACCCGUUUUGUCAAGACAAACUAUUAGAGGCUGGAGUAUUUCCUGUAUUAUUGUCUAUAAUUGAUACAGAUCCAUCGGAACAGGCCAGAAUAAAAGCUCUAUACGCGGUGUCAUGUAUAGUCAGGGGACAUCCAGCGUCAUUAAAGUAUAUGGAUACGCACGAUGGUUACUCGGUGCUUUUGCGAGCAAUGCAGAGCCCAGUGGAAAAACUACAGAUAAAGUCUGCAUUUUUACUUUCUAGUUUGUGCAGUAAGAGUGAUUCAAAUGACAUGAAAUAUACUUUGAUAAAAAUGGGAUUCAUUGAGCAAGCGGCAGGAUUGCUGGGUAGAAUAGAUUUACAGCCAACUGUCAGGGAACAAUUGCUGCGAGUGCUUAGUAGUAUGGUGAACGAUAACUUUUUACCGGCGCUGAAGGAAUGCCGUCGAUCACAAUUGUGUUUAAGGUCUACUUUGGAGCAAUUGUUGACAGAAUUAAAACCUGUGGAAAAUCAAGAUGAGAUAGACAUGUGUUCUGAACUCUUGGACAAAGUGUUUUCCGAACCUGAUACGAAUCAAGAGAGAUAACGAAUUUGUACCAUAAUCUUCCCUCUAAAUAAACGUAACAAAACAUUGUUUUAUAAUUCUAA